AUUAAAAAUGUCUCUCUCUCUCUCUCUUUGUCUGCGGAGCUGUAUAAUUUCUCCCCUUUUUUAUCAGGAAACAAUGUCUCCUUCGGAACGAAAGAGACAUAUCUUAUUUAUGAAUUAUCCGAGACAUUUUGUUCAUUCACUGUAAACAAAUCAAAUCGUAUACAAAUAUAAUGAUUACUAUAGAGUGUAUCAUCAUCAUCUUUGUUCAAACAACAAAUAUCAAUAUUAUAUAGAGAUAAAGUCAUCUACUCGAUAGACAGAAACAAUUAGUAGGACGCUGCACAAUCUCAAAACUUUAACUCAUAUUGAUUAACAAUAAUACGGUAAACAUAUUAACUAUUUUACCAUGUCAGACAGUUCCGAUAUAACGAAAGAAGAAUUGUCAGCUCAAUUGAAAUCUUCAGUAUAUUUAAUGGUGGCUAAAAUGGUAGAAGAAAGAUUAAAAGAUUUACAAACUCCUAAUCAAAAUGAUGAAAAUCCUAUACUGGCUACGCCAACAUUUAUAGCUACAUUAGUUGAAUUAACUUUCAAUCAAAUCAUUAAUCUUGGAGAGGAUUUAGAAUUAUUUGCUCGUCAUGCUAAUAGAACUACAGUUAAACCUAAUGAUUUAUAUAUGGUUACUAGAAAGAAUGAUGUGUUGACUCAAUAUCUUAAAGAAAUAGAACAAAAAUUAACUACUAAAGAAGAUUAACUAUUAGUAUCAACACACAAAACACCUAAAAUAAAAAUAUUACGAAGAGACGACGAUGCAUUUAAAGGAAUACAUAUACAUAGAUAGAAAGGGAUAAUGGGUUUCAUGUAUACUAUUUAAAUAAUUAGUAUAUACUACAAGCCAGCCAUUAUAAUAAAUUUUCAUUACAUUUCCUA